AUGGAACAAUCAGGAAGUAAGACCUCUCAUGCCGAAAAGCCUGAGAAAUUCAAAGGCACUGACUUCAAACGUUGGCAACAGAAGAUGUUGUUCUAUCUGACAACAUUAAAUCUAGCCCACAUUCUCAGACAGGAUGCCCCUGUGUCGAAUAAGGAUCCUGCAACCAAAGAGACUGUCGCUGCAAUUGAUGCAUGGACACAAUCUGAUUUUCUGUGCAGGAACUAUAUCUUGAAUGGACUUGAUGAUGCACUGUAUGAUGUCUAUGCAGCAUUCAAGACGGCUAGAGAAGUUUGGGAAUCUCUUGAGAAAAAAUAUAAAACUGAAGAUGCAGGAUCCAAGAAAUUUGUUGUAGGCAGAUUUCUGGAUUUCAAGAUGGUAGAUUCCAAACCUGUUGUCAAACAAGUUGAAAACCUCCAGAAAAUUAUCCAUGAGAUUCUUGCUGAAGGCAUGAAGAUCAAUGAAUCUUUCCAAGUGGCGUCCUUGAUUGAAAAACUCCCACCAAAUUGGAAAGAAUUCAAGAGUUAUUUGAAGCACAAGAGAAAGGAGAUGAGUAUGGAGGAUCUCAUUGUUAGGCUUCGGAUUGAGGAGGAUAACAGAAUAAGUGAGAACAAGAAUGUGGUUUCAAACAUGGAAGCCAAGGCAAACAUAGUUGAAGGAACCUCAGCAAAACCAAAAUUCAAUCCCAAAAUGAACAAGAAGAACUUUGUUCCUGGAGCAAAAGGAAAAGACUUCAAAAAGAUUAAAGGAGCAUGCUGGGUCUGUGGGAAAACAGGCCAUAAGGCUCAAGACUGCAGGCAUAGAAAGAAUCAGAAUCCUGCCAAUCCUGCAAAUCCAAACUACAACAGGCCAAGGAACAAUCAGGCCAAUGUGACUGAAGAAAACUUGGCUGCAGUGGUGUCAGAAACCAACAUGGUUUCGAAUGACAAUGAGUGGCUGAUUGAUACUGGAGCCACCCGCCAUAUCUGUGGUGAUAAGAAUGCAUUUCUUACUUACCAAGAGAUACAUGGUGGUGAACAACUGUUUAUGGGAAAUGCCUCUGCAUCUGCUGUUGUUGGAAAGGGAAAAGUGCUUCUGAAAUUCACCUCUGGAAAGGAACUAACCCUCCUAGAUGUGCUGCAUGUGCCAGACAUAAGAAGGAACUUGGUAUCUGGACCUGUUCUAAGCAACAAAGGAUUCAAACUAGUUUUCGAAUCCAACAAAGUUGUACUAACUAAGGGGGGAAUGUUUGUGGGAAAAGGUUAUCUUGCUGAUGGGAUUGCUGCCUAA